UGCUAAUCUCUGAAUAAGACAGCCAUGUUUUGUGUGUAACACGGAGGGAGCUUGUGGUAGAUUUUAGAUGCUUCCUUAAAUACAGCUUUGUCAAUGCUUGCUUGGAUUUCAUUUUCAGGAUAGCUUUUGACAAUAGGCAUCUGGCGACCUUUGGGCUCAGCGAACUCGGACAUGAUAGCAUGUGUGCUUUCUUCCUUGACUGAAAAAGAAAGCAAACAACAAAAACCUCCAAGACCAAACCCUCGGCUUGUUUUGGAGUGCUGUCACUGCUCUGUAGCGACAGGAUAAUGGCUACUUCCUGAUUAAACCCCUCUCCACAAUAUGGAGUCUGGAGAGCGGUUAACGUCCUCAUCAGUCUCCUCUACUACAGCUGCUUCCACUCCAGCAUCUUCUACACCGUCGGUCACUGCAGAAGUAUCGAAAGGCGGCCUUUCCUCUGGAGCCGCGACACUGAGCUCCACAAUCAACACGUGUGAAUGGUGGCGAACAGCAGACACACACUCUCGUCCUGGGGCAGCUUUUUUCCCACCGCUCUUGGGAAUUCCCACAUUGUUUGCUCCUCCUGCACAGAAUCAUGAUUCUCCUUCAUUCCACUCAAGAGCUACAGGAAAAAGUAGUCGGAGUAAUACUGACAAAGGUGUGAAUGGAUCACUGAAUGGCAGCAGCACCGGUGCGGUCUCAGCUCUGGGCACAGCCGUGCUCUCCACUGGCAUUGCAGCAUCGGCAGGACCAGUGAAGAACGUGACCCCGGGAGCUGGGGCACGCAAAUACAACCAGGAGCAAAGCAAAGUUCAGCUUUUGGACACCAGGGCUGACAAAAUCAAAGACAAGAAGCCCAGAAAAAAAGCCGUGGAAAGCUCAAGUAACAGCGACAGUGAUUCGGGCUCCUCUUCAGACACCUCGAGUGAAGGUGUAAGUAGUAGUGACUCUGAGGACCUGGAGGAGGAUGAAGAGGAGGAGGAGGAGGACCAGAGUGCCGAAGAGAGUGAAGAUGAUGAAUCUGAUUCUGAAAAUGAAGCACAUCACAAAAGCAAGAACAAGGUGCUAAUGCAUAGUGGUGUAACAGAUGCGAAAACCGAUGGACAGAAGUCACAGGACAAGUGUCAAGAAAAGAGAACACACCAGCAGAUACCUCUUGUGUCUGAUUCCCAGACUCACUCAUCAUUCCAGUCCCAGCAGAAGCAGCCUCAGGUUUUGUCACAGCAGCUUCCGUUUAUUUUUCAAAGCUCUCAGGCAAAGGAGGAAUCUGUGAACAAACACACAAGUGUAAUACAAUCUACGGGAUUGGUUCCUAAUGUGAAACCUUUGUCUUUGGUACAUGAAGCCAAAAAGGAGACCUAUUUAAAACUUAUAGUUCCUUCCCCUGAUCUACUCAAAGCAGGGAAUAAAAAUACCUCUGAAGAAUCUAUCACUUUGACCAGCGAUGUUAGAUCUAAGCGGGAACAAUACAAGCAGACAUUCCCAGCACAGCUAAAGAAACAGGAAUCGUCGAAGAGCCUGAAGAAGGUUAUCGCAGCUUUGUCAAGCCCCAAACCAACAUCUAGUUCACCAGCUCAUCAAAAACUCACAUCCUUGGAAAACAACCAUUCUAACCCAUUCCUGACAAAUGCACUUUUAGGUAAUCACCAACCCAAUGGAGUUAUUCAGAGCGUCAUCCAGGAGGCUCCUCUUGCACUCACUACGAAACCGAAACCCCAGACCAAGAUCAAUGAAAGUGUAGCCAUUUCUGGUAGUGCCCCCUUUCCUUUGCCAAUAAACUUGAGUGCAUGUGGGAAAAAGCCAACUGGUAACCGUACAGCUGUUAUGCCCUCUACCUCUCCUGUGUUACCUGGUUCAGGAAAGGAUAAAGCAGUCAGCAAUAAUGCAGUAAAUGCAGUAAAACCACAACACCGCCUUCAUUCUGCAAAGCUGGUGGUGGAGCAGUUCAGAGGGGUAGACUCAGAUGCCCCCAGCAGUAAAGACUCUGACGACUCAAAUGAUGAUGACGACGAUGAUGAGGAUGAAGAUGAGGACGAUGAAGAAGAUGAUUCUGAUGAUAGCCAAUCAGAGUCUGACAGUAAUUCUGAGUCAGAUACAGAAGGGUCUGAGGAAGAAGAUGAUGAGGAUGACAAAGACCAAGAUGAAUCGGAUACUGACACUGAGGGAGAAAAGGCCCCGCUGAAACUGAAUAAAACUGCAUCCUCUGUGAAGAGCUCUUCCAUCGGUCUUACAGCUCAUUCUGCCCCACUGAAUCUCCAAGUAGCCAAGACAUCGAGCUCGGCACCAGCUGCCCUGUGUCCUGAGCCCCAGCCUGCAGUGUUCCUCGGGACAGGGGCCUCCGCCCUCACGCCAAGUACACACUGUGGUAUUUCAAAAAGACGAAGAGUAGCAGAUGAACGGGAGCUGCGUGUUCCUCUUGAUUAUGGCUGGCAAAGAGAAACCCGAAUAAGAAACUUUGGUGGUCGUCUUCAAGGGGAAGUAGCAUAUUUUGCACCUUGUGGAAAGAAGCUGAGACAGUAUCCUGAAGUAGUAAAGUAUCUCAGCAGAAAUGGAAUAAUGGAUAUCUCAAGGGACAAUUUCAGCUUCAGUGCAAAAAUAGGAGUGGGUGACUUCUAUGAAGCCAGAGAUGGACCGCAGGGUGUGCAGUGGUGUCUCCUGAAGGAGGAGGAGGUCGUUCCGCGCAUCAGAGCCAUGGAGGGGCGCCGGGGAAAUAGCUAGGCAAGCAGCACAAAUAAAGCUACUGAGAAAGCUUCAGAAGCAGGAACAAGCACGAGCUGCCAAAGAAGCAAAAAAACAGCAAGCUAUUAUGGCAGCUGAAGAAAAGCGAAAGCAAAAGGAGCAGAUAAAGAUAAUGAAGCAACAGGAAAAAAUUAAGAGAAUUCAGCAAAUUAGGAUGGAGAAAGAACUUCGAGCUCAGCAAAUUUUGGAGGCAAAAAAGAAAAAGAAGGAAGAAGCAGCAAAUGCCAAAUUAUUGGAAGCGGAAAAACGAAUAAAGGAGAAAGAGAUGAGAAGGCAGCAGGCCGUUCUUCUGAAGCACCAGGAGUUGGAGAGGCAUAGACUAGAUAUGGAACGAGAACGGAGAAGACAACAUAUGAUGCUUAUGAAAGCCAUGGAAGCACGUAAAAAAGCAGAAGAAAAAGAGCGGCUAAAGCAAGAGAAACGUGAUGAAAAAAGAUUAAAUAAGGAACGUAAACUGGAACAGCGAAGAUUGGAAUUAGAAAUGGCAAAGGAGCUAAAGAAGCCUAAUGAAGAUAUGUGCUUAGCAGACCAGAAGCCUUUCCCAGAGCUGCCUCGCAUCCCAGGCCUUGUUCUCGAUGGAAGCACGUUUUCUGAUUGUCUCAUGGUAGUGCAGUUCCUGCGUAACUUCGGUAAAGUUCUUGGCUUUGAUGUGGCCAUAGAUGUUCCCUCCCUGAGUGUUCUUCAAGAGGGUUUGCUCAACAUAGGGGACAGCAUGGGAGAAGUACAGGACUUGCUUGUGAAACUUGUCUCUGCAGCUGUGUGCGAUCCUGGACUUGGUACAGGAUACAAGGCUAAAACUAUUCUUGGGGAACACUUACUGAAUGUUGGUAUCAAUCGAGAUAAUGUGUCUGAGAUUCUGCAGAUUUUCAUGGAGGCUCAUUGUGGGCAAACAGAGCUGACAGAGAGCUUGAAGACAAAAGCUUUUCAGGCACAUUCUCCAGCUCAGAAAGCAUCAGUGCUUGCUUUUCUGGUCAAUGAGUUAGCAUGCAGCAAAAGUGUAGUAAGUGAAAUUGAUAAAAACAUUGAUUAUAUGUCAAACUUAAGGAGAGAUAAAUGGAUGGUUGAAGGCAAACUUCGGAAGCUUAGAAUCAUUCAUGCCAAGAAAACUGGUAAAAGAGAUGCUGCGGGCAGCGGGGACGGGGGCGAGGAGCCCCAUUCCCUGGAGACGCCCGCGCCCGGCCGCAAGCGCCGGCGGAAGGGAGGGGACAGCGACUACGACGACGACGACGACGAUGACAGUGAUGACCAGGCAGAUGAGGAUGAUGAGGAUGAAGAGGACAAAGAUGAUAAAAAAGGAAAAAAGGCAGAAGUUUGUGAGGAUGAGGAUGAUGGGGAUCAGACAGCAAGUGUUGAAGAAUUAGAGAAACAGAUUGAAAAACUGACAAAGCAACAAAGCCAGUACAGAAAGAAGUUAUUUGAAGCUUCCCACUGUUUGCGUUCGAUGAUGUUUGGUCAGGACCGUUACAGGCGCCGGUACUGGAUCCUGCCCCAGUGUGGUGGGAUCUUUGUAGAAGGCAUGGAGAGUGGUGAAGGUCUAGAAGAAAUUGCAAAAGAAAAAGAGAAAUUAAAAAAAGAAGAAAGUAUGAACAUCAAAGAAGAAGAAUUUGAAUCAGAAGAAAAAUUGCAUUGCUUAACUACAACUCACUGUGAGCAAAAGGAAAAUCUGAAAGAAAAGGACAGCACUAACCUGUUUUUACAAAAGCCAGGGUCAUUUUCAAAAUUAAGCAAACUGUUAGAGGUAGCAAAAAUGCCACCUGAGUCUGAUACUAUGUCCCCAAAACCCAAUGGCAGUGCAGCAAAUGGCUGCGCAUUAUCUUACCCGAGUAACUCAAAAAACUCUCUCUGCAGUCUUCAACCCCCUGCAUCACAAAGCUCCGUCGAGAAGCCCGAGUCUAAUAAUCUUUUCAGUCCUAAUGCCAGUGGGACAGGAAAGUUUUACAGUUCUCCACUGAUUCCAAAUGAUCAGUUGUUAAAGACUCUUACCGAGAAAAGCAGGCAGUGGUUCAGCCUGUUACCGCGGGUGCCCUGUGAUGACACGUCAGUCACCCAUGUGGACACCCCAGCCACUGCAGCUCCCCUCACUCCUCAGUCACAUCCACCAUCAAACUCACCCUCACCUGUUCCAUCUCCUCUCCUGGGCUCAGCCUCUGCACAGAGUCCAAUGGGAUUAAGUCCUUUUGCAUUGUCACCGCUGCAGAUGAAGACAGGACUACCUAUAAUGGGACUUCAGUUUUGUGGAUGGCCUACAGGAGUUCUUACUUCAAAUGUUCCAUUUCCAUCUCCUUUACCUGCUCUUGGAUCAGGGCUAGGAUUAUCAGAAGUGAAUGGUAACUCAUUCUUGGCAUCUAGUGUUCCUGCAAGUAAAAGUGAAUCACCAGCACUACAAGCUGAAAAAAUAGCUUCUGCCCCCUCUACAGCAGCUGAAGUAGCCAAACCUGUAGAUUAUCCUAACCCAAAGCCUAUACCAGAAGAAAUGCAGUAUGGAUGGUGGAGGAUUACUGAUCCAGAGGACCUAAAAUCUUUGCUUAAAGUGCUGCAUCUCAGGGGAAUAAGAGAAAAGGCCUUACAAAAGCAGAUACAGAAACACAUGGAUUAUAUCACUCUGGCCUGCAUCAAAAACAAGGAUGUUGCAAUUAUUGAUAUCAAUGAAAAUGAAGAUAACCAGGUAACUCGGGAUGUUGUGGAAAACUGGUCAGUAGAAGAGCAAGCUAUGGAGAUGGAUCUUGCUGUUCUUCAGCAGGUGGAAGAUCUAGAGAGGAGAGUUGCAUCAGCUAGUUUACAAGUUAAGGGUUGGCUGUGUCCUGAACCUGCAUCAGAGAGAGACGACUUGGUAUAUCGUGAACAUAAGUCAAUUACUAGAUUGCACAAGAAGCACGAUGGGGAUUGUGCUGGAGGCGGAGAAGGCAGUGCCAGCUCCCUAGAGCGGAGGAGUGACAACCCUCUAGAUAUAGCUGUAACCAGGCUCGCUGACUUGGAGCGGAACAUAGAGCGAAGGUAUCUGAAGAGCCCCUUAAGUACCACCAUUCAGAUCAAACUGGAUAAUGUGGGCACAGUUACUGUCCCUGCUCCUGCACCAUCUAUUAGUGGUGAUGGUGACGGAACUGAAGAGGAUAUUGCUCCAGGGCUAAGGGUGUGGAGAAGGGCACUGUCAGAAGCACGCAGUGCUGCUCAGGUAGCUCUGUGCAUUCAGCAGUUACAGAAAUCAAUAGCAUGGGAAAAAUCCAUUAUGAAAGUUUACUGCCAAAUUUGUCGAAAGGGAGAUAAUGAGGAACUGCUGCUCCUUUGUGAUGGCUGUGAUAAAGGCUGUCACACCUACUGCCACAGGCCCAAGAUCAGCACUAUCCCAGAUGGGGACUGGUUCUGUCCUGCCUGCAUAGCAAAGGCAAGUGGUCAAACCCUAAAGAUAAAAAAACUUCAAAUUAAAGGUAAAAAAAGUAAUGAACAAAAGAGAAGCAGAAAAUUAGCAGGGGAAACAGAGGAUGAAGACUCUGCAACUACAAGCGUUGCCUUAAAAAGAGGAAAAACAGACCCUAAAAAAAGAAAAAUGGAUGAAAAUGUUUGUGUAAGCCAGUUAAAGCAAGAAAGUUGCACUGCUGUUAAGAAACCUAAGAGAGAUGGAGACUCCAAGGACCUGGCUAUAUGCAGUAUGAUUCUCUCAGAAUUGGAAACUCAUGAAGAUGCCUGGCCUUUCUUACUUCCUGUAAACUUGAAACUUGUUCCUGGUUAUAAGAAAGUUAUUAAAAAACCUAUGGACUUUUCUACCAUUAGAGACAAGCUAACUAGUGGACAGUACCCUAAUCUUGAAGCAUUUUCGCUGGAUGUCAGGCUUGUUUUUGACAACUGUGAAACUUUCAAUGAAGAUGAUUCUGACAUAGGCAGGGCUGGCCAUAACAUGAGGAAGUAUUUUGAAAAAAAAUGGACAGAGAUUUUCAAAGUGAGCUGAAGCUACUAGGACUCUUUUUUUUCUUUUCUUUUUGUUUUCCUUCUUUUAAAUGAGGACUGAUAAGACCAGCAAUGUGAACUAUAUUUACAUGGAAGUGCAAGGCACAUACAUAACUAAUUUUUUCCUUCAGAAUAUCACGGAGUUGUGAUACUAGUUUUAAAGGCUUCACUCCUACAGCAACCAUGGCCCCUUGGUUAUUGGUUUGUGUGUUUUAACAAACUAAUUUAGGUAGAACAGGGAAGCACACCCAAAGAAUUUCAAAGAAAGGGGUGUUAUAGUGCAAUAGCAAUUUAUCAAAACGCACUGAAUAUUCAACCACCAGAGCUCUACUUGGGGAAAUGGUUCUCUUUUCCCUUUCAAUAAAUAUCUAUUUUUCAUUUUUUUUACUUUGUAGUUUAUUUUUUAGUGAAUGUAUUUAAUUUUAUGAAUUAUUUAUGAUUAUACAGCAUUCAGAAUCUUCGUUUUCUGUGAAAAGGAAGAACUAGAAAAUUGCUUUAAAUAUUGAAAAUACAACAAGGAAUGUUUUAAAAUAUAAAACAAAGCCAAGUAAAACUGUUUACACUGAUGUGCUGUGAAGGCACUAAAAAUUAAACUUUACUGUAGAGUUACAAGUACAUUUAUAUAUAUGUUGCUGCAUCACUUGUGUAGUUAAAUUGUAUUUCAAGACAGUGAAGAAAAAUUGAGACAUGUAUAUACUGUUCAUUAUUGUUUAUAUUAAGUCUUGUUUUAAAUAUGUAUGAUGUGUACAUAUUGUUUGCAGACAUUAUUGUUUAUGCCUUAGGAGGAUGGUAGCAUUUUAUUUUAGUCUUAAGGUAAUUAUAGCUCUAUGGCUUGUACAGUAAUUAUCCUCUACCAACACUGUGGAGUCUCCUUAAUCUUGGUAGUGCCUGCCUUUUAAACAGGGUGUAGGGGAUAUUAGUUUUCCAUUUUUCUAUUUUGUUAUAUGAUUUCAAGCCCCCACGGCCUCAAAUCCAAGUAUAAUCAUUAUUUGUAUCCAUGUGGAAGAAAAUUGUGACAAUUUCCUACGCACACAGUAUUUUUUCAUAGAAACAUUUCCUCCAUUUGCCUUGCCACAGAAUAACAGAAGAAGACAUUUGUAACCACUGUGUUUUAUCUACUGUGUGUUGUGGUGGCCUGUUGGGGCAAAUAGAUCGGAAUUUUUUUUGUACUAAUGUAAGAGUACUUGAAGUUUUAUUUAAAAGAAAUGUUGUGGAAAGGUAGCAUUCUUUUUCUUUUCCCUUUUUAGGAGUGUUAUUUUUCACUAGUAUGUGUGGCACGGAUACAAUAAAAGACUGUUUUGCAAACCAGA